CGAGAGACGAGCCGCUCCAGCUGAUCAGGGGCCGGUCGACGUCGUCGUGUUUUCUUUUCUAUUUCACUUGAAUUCGCCUCGUACCUUUCGCUUUCGUUUGCAUUUCUGCCGCAUUUGGUUCUCAGGGUAACCUUCGACCUCGGAAUGGCCUUUAGAAUCUGUUCGCUGGCCGGACACGGCCUCAGAGGGGUCUUUCUACCAAAAUACACUCAGAAGCAAAUUAUUCGGUGUUUUCGGGUGUCGCCUCAGUUCUUGGCCACGGUGCAAUUCAACCUUUCGGACAUUGGCGAAGGCAUCAAAGAGGUGACGGUCAAGGAGUGGUUUGUCGAGGCUGGACAGAAAGUGGCCCAGUUUGAUAACAUUUGCGAGGUGCAAAGUGACAAGGCUUCGGUCACAAUCACCAGCCGCUUCGACGGAGUAAUCAAAAAGCUGCACUACAAAAUCGAGGAUGUCGCUCAGGUCGGACAGCCUUUGGUCGACAUCGAGUUGGAAGGCUCUGAAGACACGGUUAAACCUGAGGAGUCCUCCAGUUCCUCCUCUUCAUCCAGUUCUGACAGUGAUGGCGAGGUGAAAUCCUCAACGCCCCCUCCUAGUCCUGAGGAGCAAAUGCCGUAUCUCUUCAAGUCUCUGGCCGCCCCUGCAGUCCGAAGGGUGGCCAUGGAAAACAAAAUCCAACUCACAGACAUUAAAGGCACUGGAAAAGGUGGACGGGUUCUCAAGGAAGAUAUCCUGGCGUUCAUUGAGGCCAAGAAAGCCCCUCCUAAGGUUGUCCCCAAGGCUGAAGGAGACAGAAUCGAGCCUAUCAAGGGUGUUAUGAAGGGAAUGGCCAAAGCCAUGACUGCCUCUCUGCAAAUCCCGCACUUUGUCUACAGCGACGAGAUCAACGUGGACAACCUGGUGUUAGUGCGGCAGCAGCUGAAGGAGGCUUCGUUCGGCAGAGGUGGCGUCAAGCUGACCUACAUGCCCUUCCUGAUCAAGGCGGCCUCCCUGGCGCUGAAGCACUUCCCAGUCAUCAACUCGUCGGUGGACGCCGAGUGCCAGAACAUCAUCUACAAAGCCGAUCACAACAUUGGCGUCGCCAUGGACACGCCGCUCGGACUGGUGGUGCCGAAUAUCAAGAGGGUGCAGACCCUGAGCGUCUUUGACGUGGCCACCGAGCUCAACCGGCUCAUGCAAGCAGGCAUGAAGGGCUCCUUGAAGCAGGAGGACCUCACCGGAGGCACUUUCACCAUCUCCAACAUCGGCAUUAUUGGCGGCACCUACACCAAACCGGUGAUUUUGCCUCCUGAGGUGGCGAUUGGCGGCAUUGGAAAAAUCCAGAAGGUGCCAAGAUUCGACGCCAAGGGCAACGUCAUCGCGGCCAACAUCAUGUGCGUCAGCUGGGCGGCAGACCACCGGGUUCUGGACGGAGUUACCAUGGCAAAAUUCUCCAACAAGUGGAAGGAAUACGUGGAGAACCCUCACAGCAUGCUGCUCGACCUCAAGUGAUAAAACUCGUCCCUGUUUAGAUCAAAGGCUAGCACACCAUAAAUCAGGAAUGCAGCUCAAUAAUUGUUGAAAAGUGCCAUUGCAGAUUUAUUUUUAUAUAUAUUCUUGCCCCCGAUCCUUUGCGGAGCCUCUUCUGAUGCUCAAUGUUCAGGUUUCGCCAUGACACCAGAAUUGGCUCUAAAAAAAGAAUCUCCCGAUUUAUACAUAUUACUGUGCCUUGAAAAGAAAAUCUAUUUUUUAAAUUAAUUGUUGCCAAAAUACAUAUAUAUCAAUAUUUACACUGCUAAUGAAAUGAUUGAAAUAAAUUUUAUGUGGUUUUGAAAUUUGCAUAUUUGAUUUCCUAAUGAAACAAGGUAUUUAUUUUUGCAUUAUUGUAUAACAAAUAAAAAAGUAAAUGUCGAGAAAAUCGGCCUCA